UCCGGGUGGAAAAGUGCGUCUGCUACGGGAAUGUUGGUAUGUGCUGUAAAUAAAUACUGCAUAUCGUCACUACUCUUUCGACAUGAAAUUGGGUCACCGUGUCACCUUCAAUUCUAUAUGUUUGUCACGUGUAUUGUGCGUGCACUGAUAUACCGUACUAACUAAUCUGGAAGGCCUCCUGCAAAUAUACCCAUGCUGACUGUUGUGUUGAGACAUUUUCUCGUUGAAUUUGUCUUCGGAAACACACCAUCACGUACCCACAGUCUAUCACGAGCUUGACUUUUGUCAUUGUGAUAUUGCCGUGGUAUUGGUACAACAACAACAACUGAUAUAAACUUGACUUGUGUGAGAAUCGGCUUGGACUUGUGAAGUUGAACAGGAAUUCUGGAAGGUAAAAUGGAUGAGGAUAAUACACAACCACCUACCUCCCUCUUUGACAGCUACCGUACUGAAGUAUUCAGCUAUCAUGGAAUGGAAAACUAUAGCCUAGCAUGGAACCACUUUGAAAAGUGUCGCCAACUUGGACAGUUUACUGAUAUUAUCAUUCGAGUAGAGGGAAAAGAGUUUCCAUGCCACAAGAUCCUUCUCGAUUCUUGCUGCCCAUAUUUCAGUGCAUACUUCUCCUUCUCAAACACAGAACAGCAAAACACUGUUUGUCUGAAGGGAGUUUCUUUAAGUAGUUUCACAAAACUGAUCGACUUCAUUUACACAGCUACAUUGACAGUAUCUGCAGAUGAAGUGAUAGAUCUAUUAGAAUGUGCAGAUUUCCUCCAGCUGAGGGACCUUGUUCAUGCAUGUAGUGGUUUUCUUCUUCAGCAUAUCAACUAUGAUACCUGUCUAAAAAUAUUUCAACUAGCUGAGGCUCAUCUAUUGCCAGACCUUAAAGAAGCAGCAUGGGAAUAUAUUCAAACCCAUUUCAAAGAUGUUGCACAAAGUGAGUCCUUCCUCCACACUCCAAAAGAUCUCCUCAACAGAAUAGUCACAAGCAGAACUCUGAAGGUGGAUUCUGAAAUGAUAGUUUUGAAAUCCAUAAUAAACUGGGUCAUAUUUAGACAGAAUGACAGAAAGAGAGACUUGUGUGAUUUGAUUUCUCCUCUUGGACUCAGUCAGACAGAUGUUGAUACUGCUGAUGUUUUGUCGAUGUGUGGCAAAGAAAUGUACGACCAGCUGAUGAACUGUACUGGUGUUACCAGGAUUUCCAGAUAUGAGCAGGUGAUGGUUGUUGUGAGUCGGGACACAAAUUCAAGUCAAUACAGCACCAAUGAUGUCUUCUUCUACAACCCCGAAACCAGUAGAUGGCACACGAUGACCUCAUUUCCAUUUGAGAAACGACAUCAUUUUGGAGUGGCUUUGCGGAACAACAAACUCUACCUUACUGGAGGGGUAACCACUGAGGUGCCUCUUUAUGACAAACAGAAGCAAAUAUUCUCCGAGGCAUGGGAGUAUGAUGUCUUGGCAGACACAUGGAGACAGGUACAGUCAAUGAAUGGCGUGAGAUACAACCAUAGCAGUGCAACACUUCAAGACUUAGUCUAUAUUGUAGGUGGGCGGGGCAACAGGAAGAUCACAGUCAGACCUGAUGGAGAAGUAUACAACGCAGCCACAGACCAGUGGACCAGUCUCCCUGCUAUCAAAGAAGUUCAGGGAAUUGGAAAUGCAGCUCUGACUCCUCUCGAUGGCAAGCUGUACCUGCUGGGUGGAAUGCAUAGCUCUGUUGCAGCAGGGAGAAGGGAUGUGUCGUUUGACUCCUACAAAGGUGCUCAGUACUAUAACCCAUUAGACAAUGAAUGGCAUGAUCUUGCAAUACUGUCUUCCCAGAUUGAUGCCGAGGACUUGCGUCUCAGCAGAACAGACUGUGUAGCAGUCGAUGGAUUUUUGCUUCUCAUCAAUGACCAACCGGGCAAGAGAUUAAAAGUUUACAAUCCUGUAACAAACAGAUUAAGCGAUUUCAUCCUGUCCCAUGGCUAUCACAAAUUUGGUGGAUGUCACAUAUUCAGAGAUGAGUUGGUGAUAUCAGGUGGACUUGAGGACAAAUUCCGUGCCCAUGACAUGGUACAUUGCUUGGAUCUGAAUGGGCCUCCAUCAGACUGGAAAAUGUUAAGUCCUCUACCAGUGUCAUUGUCUCACCACACAUGUCUCAAUGUGUAUGUGGAUCUCAAGGCCCUGAAUGAUCGAGACAAUUCAUGAGUACAUCAACCGUUGUGUGUCUUUAACAUCAAACCCUAAGUUACUUUGUUAUACCUCAUACAUGUAUAUUAAAGAGUGAAAUCUAGUUUACAAGAAAAGUUUAGAAGAUUGACAGGAUUUAGGCACAAAUAAACACAGACUGUGUGAAUUGAAAGUAUUCAAGUUCUUGUGAUCCUUCACUACUCCAGUAAUUGGGCUUGCUAGAAUUUGGAAAAUAUAGAUGUUGAAUUAAACAUGGGAGGCCUAACGACAUGCCUUAAGCUAUCUGUUUUUCUAAGGAUUUUAUUUUAUCUUAUUUGGUUUACAGAGCCGCCGACCCCAAUAAUCAGGAAUAUAGAAAAAAAGUCCAGUUUGAAGCUUUUUGUUAUUGACACUGAUCAUGAUAAUCACACGUAUGACUACAAAUUCAUCAAUUAUGUCCCUGUCUGACUGAGACAAGUGGUAAUUGGUCGGUGAUCCAUAAUUGUUAGCUCAAAUAGUAUUCAUAGCUUCACUUGUACUCCAGAACAUAAGUCUGUAAACCAUUAAGUUAAAAAAAGAAAGGCCUUUGUUUCAUUUGUAUAAUUUGGUUAUUGAAGAGAUCCCAGGUGGUAUUUUAUAGAGUUAUUAUACUUGAUGAUGCCAAUGAUGACAGUUACUUAAACAGAGUUGUAUAUUUCACUCACAAGAAAGUCAAGGGGUCCUAACCCUAAUAUUAAAAGUUAGAAAUAGAGCCUUAAGUCACUGUAGCUCACCUAACUUAUGGUUAUUACAUUUGCACAAAGUUUAAAACCUAUGCCUUGUGAUUAAGAAUAAGAUUUUGAACUUUUCGUAACACACACACAGUUUCAAAUUUGUUGGUGUGGUUGUCUGUGGAUGAAUUCAUGGGUGAAACGGUCACUUAUUUAAUUAGUGUUUUUCUGUCAGCAUUAGCAUUUUUAUUAGACUGAUUUAAUCUGUUGGUGUGUUAGUUCAAUUAGUUAUCUGGGAGAUUGUAGAAGUGUGUAUCUGAAUAUUUAUUACCCAUUUGAUAUUCAGUUCAGAUCAUUUUGUUGUAGGGAUAUUGUCAUGUUUCUUCACCUGAAUACUAAGCACAUUGGUAUAUGGUUUCUACAUGGGAAAAUAGGUGUUAUUUGAGGAUAAUAGAGGUUUAUUCCUCAGGAAUGAAGGGUCACUUAUUUUGUUUAUUGGUUAAAUCAUUGUAAUCAAAUAUGAUUUUCUUCACAUGCCAGGACAACACUACACAAACCCAACAUCAACUAGCAUUAGUUCAUGCAAUCAACCAUUGUCUGUUUAUGGGCCUAUGGCCUUCUUACUGAAUAAACUGUCUGUCUGUCUGCCUAACAUCAACUUCAUUACCAGGCCUUCUGCCAGCACUUAAUUUAGCAUAUUAUUCAUACACAAAACAAUUGGAAUGUUUUUUUGAAAGAGAGAGAGAGGGAAUGUAAAUAAAAACGAAACCAAGACUAUUAUUUGGUUUAGCCUUAAUUGUGUUUUUUUCGAAUUAAAAUGUGUAUGUCUUUUAUGGUCAGUUUUAGGAAACUCACAUAAAGAAGUUUGAUGAUAGGCAUGUAAGAGUAAUACCCUGACUUUCAAGGUGUAUGAGCCCAUACACCUAUUCUACAGUUUCAUCUUGAGACGUGAAAGGACUAAGUUGAGGAGUCUUAAUGAACGAAAUAGUUGGCCAAUACCCAGUGGAAACUAUGAUUUGAACUUAUGCCCAGAUCAGGGUGACUAACCAUUUAUUUACCUUUUCCAUUUACAGAAGUAACAAGACAUUAUAGAUUUAAAACCAAAACAUUCUUGUUCCUCCACUCAGCCCCGGUGCCAGAGUGGUCAUAUUUACUUUUAGUGACUUGACAAAUGACAAUCAAAAGGGUUGGAGUUGGUAUCACAAGUGGUAGAGUUUACAAUUGCUGUCAACUUUGAUUUUAAUUCAUGGGUGGAGGAAAUCGUCAGGUAAACAGAGCUGUGUGUUCGGCCAAUACACCUACGGAUAAAUAUAAGAAACAAUGGCAACAAGACAUGGGAUACAUGAUCAGGGAUAAUUCUUGGGUGGGGUCUUGUUCUUUUAGCCCCUAAUUUGAAAAAAGGCCCAUAUUUUCAAAUACAAUGGGGCAUUUAACAUUGCGCUGUAUGGGCAUACCUCUAGAAUAUAUUACAUUUUCACAUAAAGGGCCCAUGUCAGAAAAUUCCUAGUGUCAUCCCUGUAUGACUACAGAGACGAUGGAUAUAUCCAAUAAUGUUAAUACUUGAUUCAUAAAUAAUUACAUUGCAUGUUCUUUGACAGCAUUGAAUUAGGUGUUGUGAACCUUUGUCUGAAUUGUGUGAAAGCCUGUUACCCAUCCUUGAAUACAAGUCAUUUGACACAGGGCAGUCUUAUAAUCUGGAUAUACAUGAUCAUGAUGAUAUUAGGGAUAAUGAAUAUAUAUAUUUGUGUUUUUUGUAACUUGAGUAUUAUUUCAUUUUUGAGCAUUAUCAAAAUAAUUGUUUGAUUUAUCACAUACCUUUGGGGUUUUAUACACAUACAAAAUGAGAAGGGAUGCAAAUAAAAUGUACUAUGAAUCCAUU